AUGGUACUUCUACACGGAAAAUUAGUUGUAGUCGGUGAUAUGACCGUUGGUAAAACUGCAAUAUGUCAUGUUGCUGGUAACGAAGCUACAGCAUAUCCUAAGACGUAUAAUUGCACAAAUUUGGCUGAUCUUGUUCUCAAACAAAUUCGCGUACCAGAUAGCGAUGAUACUGUGGAAUUUUUCUUAUUUGAUAGUUCUGGCAAUUCUGUUUAUCUUGAUGCUUUAAGAGAUGUCUGGGUAACUAUGGAUAUGUAUUGUAUUGUAUAUGAUGUUACUAAUCGAAGUUCAUUUAAAAAUUGUGCUAUGUGGUUAGAACAAUUAAGUCAAUCACGUGGUGAUCAUAAUAUAUUUGGUGUGUUGGUUGGUAAUAAAAUAGAUAAAGAAAAUCACCGAGUAGUUUCAACGCAAGAAGGUAAACAAUUGGCUACUAGUCGAAAGAUGGGAUUUUUUGAAUGUUCAGCUAAAGAUAACAAAGGUAUAGGAGAAAUUUUUAAAUAUCUUGCAAGUGAAUUUGUAACUCGAUAUCGAACGCGUAUUCGAACAUUAGAAAAAAUGGCUCGUGACAAUUAUUAG